UGUAAUUUUGGUUUUUGGGUUCUCCGAUGGACCUAAGAUAUUCCUUAAUAAUACUGUAUAAGUGAUUGCAGGUAAGAAAAGCUGGAUUUCCUUCAACAAUUAUUGUGGUAGAGGACAUUUAAAUUCAAAUGUAAUUACAGUGAUGACUUAAAAUGUUAAUGAAUAUACUGAGGCAAUGCUAUAUAACGAACAGUGUAGCUCUUAGGAGUUCUGGGCAUAGUAUAAAGCUCCUUGGUCGUUUCGCCAAGUUGAAGGUGUUAUGCUAAUAUUAAAUCCUUAACCAUCACGUAAAUUGGAAUUGAGAUGUCAUAAAAUUUAUGUUCAACGGUCAAAAGCGUCCUGGACUUAGAAUGAAACAAACCGAAACCAAAAUUUCAAAUUACGUUUGAACUGGCUAAGGGUCUGGCGAAUCGCGGCAGAGAUUUCCUAAAACCAAUCACUCAAGCUCAAGAUUUGGUGCAUUAAUUAAGCCCAAGAUUCUCUCUGCUGCGUAGUAGUUUAACAAGCUUUAGAAAAGUAACAAUAUUAUAGACGGUUCAUACAUUUCAAGAUUUCUUUAUGAAGUUUCUUCAAAACAAAUUGUGCGUAUACACGUUAGCUUCUUUAAAUCAUUUGAAAAAAAAAUCUAGAGUAGUCCGUAAACUUCAUCACCAAUCAAAAUUCAACGAAGAUGUCUAAAGAGUGCAAAUGAGGAAAUGCGCAACUGAUAUCGGUUCAUAGAGCAUCUUUCUUUAUUUGAUCAAACCUUGUCAAGAAUCCUCAUUACGUUAUUAGUUAUGCUCAUAUUAAUUAAUUUACAAAUACCCGCAAGAGGAUUAAAACAUCGUUGACAAGUUUUUUGGCACUACAACCAUGAGUUCAAACAAGAGCUUCUUGAUCCGGGACUUACUUGGCGACGUAUUCCUACGCGCUGCUUGCGAUCGUCUGCAAGACAGUGCUGAGAAACUAUACUCUUCUGAAACUAACAACCCACGCUCGAAUGAAACUGCUGAUGCUUUCAUGAAACAAGAACCUUCAGCGUCUGAAAAAGAGCUCCUCGAUGUAAAUAACACACCCAGCAAAACACCUCCAGAUUGCCGUCUGACAUCGUCUCCUCUCCAAUCUACUCCAUCAUUUUCCCUCUCGUUCCCCUCAAGCGAAGCCUCGAUAUCAUUCAUCCCCAUACCCCGGAUACCCCUGACCUUCCCUCAAUUCAAACCUUCAUGUUCAUCCUCCUCAUCGUCCCCAUCGUCUCCUCAGCACCAAUCUUUCUCAUCCCCACAAUGGCUGCCGAGACGAAGGUCUUUGUCAGAGGAGCGUUGUAGGUCGGCAAGUCGCGACGAGGUAGCAAGGGAGGAGGUCCCCUUUAUCCUCGACCAGAGGGCGGGGCUGUCCGUUACUGAAGGAGGGACCUCCUUAGAAGAAGAGGACGCUGAGGGAGGUGUUAACUCCACGACCGUCGACAGCAUCGACUCUACCGACGGUGACGACACAGGCUCGUCCGAAGGCCGCAAGAAGCCGCGGCGUCGACGCACCGCCUUCACGCAUGCGCAGCUCGCCUUCCUCGAACGCAAGUUCAGGCUGCAGAAAUACCUGAGUGUGGCCGACCGCUCUGAUGUGGCGGAAGCGCUGAGUUUGUCGGAGACCCAAGUCAAGACUUGGUACCAGAACAGAAGGACAAAAUGGAAGCGACAGAACCAAAUGCAGCUGGACCAAUUACGACAAAGGUCCUCGCUGAGCGCAGCUGGAGCGCUGGUGGACAAGGAGCUGUCCCUCGCGAGCGGUUCUUCGUCACCACGCACGUCAGAGGCCACACUUCUGUCCACACCGACGUGUUGCCCAUCGUCAUAUUUCUUGCCUGCAAUGGACAGGUCGUGCUUCAUUGCAACAGCUGGACUCUUCACCCGCUUGCCGCACUACCCGCCUCCAACAUGCCCGUUGUGACCGCAAUUCAUUGAGCCUCUCAGGGUGCAGAACAUACCACACCUAUCCGCGUCUCCGGGACUUGAUUGAUGCUGCAGAAUAAUUGCAAAGUCAAACCAUUCUUUAUUGACCGUCUUUUUACAUAUGUAAGCACCUCAUUUCAUUUGGAUAAAUAUCUGCCGAGGUGCAUAAUUUCCAAUCAUUUUCAUGCAGACGACACCAAAAGUAACAAACAGGCAGCCAAAAAGUACAGCAUAUAAUUUGUUCAUUAUUGAGUACUGUUCGUUAGUAAGUAGAGCCACUAUCAUGGUAAAAAUGAUGUCAAUGCUCCUAAUUGAAGUUUAAAUCAAACAAAAAUUAUGUAUUUAAAUUUCUACGUUCACAUAUGAAUAACAAAGGAUGUACCUAAACAAACAAUAAAGAAAUGCAGACAGCUUCUAAAUUAAAUUUAGAAUUAGGUUAGAAUCCGAUGUAAUGAAAAAAUGGUCCCAUAUUGAACGUACCAAAUAGUUCCGCUCAACUUCCUUCUUGCAAUAUUUGAAAAGUUUCCUUUAGUAUGAACUGUUGUGACCCCAGUGACGGAAAGACGUAAAACCAAAAUAAUAUAUCGUUCGUAAGAACCUUAAUACUUUGUAUAUUUGAAUAUGUAAGCAAUUUAGAUAAUAAUGACGGGAGAAACGUUGCUGAAUAAAUAUAGGCUAAGAAUAGUUGUAUAGAAUUUGAAACCGGUAAGAGAUCAAUGAUUCAAGCUGAUGGCCACGAGAGCGUGCUAAAACCGAUCUCAAAUCUCUAACUAUAAUCACUUUAAUUAAAAACGGAUCUCAAAUCUCUAACUAUAAUAAUUUUAAUUAAACACGACCCUCAAAACUCUGACUAAUCAUGACGGCCAAGACUAACGUGAGUGGUGGCCUACAAAUUUUUUACAGUAGUGAUGAGAUGCUGAAGCCUUUUGCUGUUAAGUGACACCCUUUAUUGUUGCUUUCAACCAUCGUGAAAAUAAAAUAUAAUAGAAACGCUAUGUGCUACGUUUUGAUAUCCGUGCUUACUGGAUGAAAUUUUAUAC